CAACACAACACGAUCCAUCCCAUAUUCCCCCUACAAACCAACGCAAGAGCAGCAAUGGCCGUGCAGAAGCACACGGUGGCGCUUUUCCUCGCCGUGGCCCUGGUGGCGGGCCCGGCCGCCUCCUACGCUGCGGAUGCUGGCUAUGCCCCGGCCACCCCGGCUACUCCCGCGGCCCCGGCUACUGCCGCCACCCCCGCCACCCCGGCAACCCCGGCUACUCCCGCAGCGGUGCCAUCAGGGAAGGCGACGACCGAGGAGCAGAAGCUGAUCGAGAAGAUCAACGCCGGCUUCAAGGCGGCCGUGGCAGCCGCCGCCGUCGUCCCACCAGCUGACAAGUACAAGACGUUCGUCGUAACCUUCGUCGCGGCCACCAACAAGGCCUUCGUUGAGGGCCUCGCGUCCGGCUACGCCGAUCAAAGCAAGAACCAGCUCACCUCCAAGCUCGACGCCGCCUUAAAGCUCGCCUACGAGGCUGCCCAGGGCGCCACUCCCGAGGCCAAGUACGAUGCCUACGUCGCCACCCUCACCGAGGCGCUCCGCGUCAUCGCCGGCACCCUCGAGGUCCACGCCGUAAAGCCCGCCGCCGAGGAGGUCAAGGUCGGCGCCAUCCCCGCCGCCGAGGUGCAGCUCAUCGACAAGGUCGACGCCGCGUACAGGACCGCCGCCACUGCCGCCAACGCCGCCCCCGCCAACGACAAGUUCACCGUCUUCGAGAACACCUUUAACAAUGCCAUCAAGGUGAGCCUGGGCGCCGCCUACGACAGCUACAAGUUCAUCCCCACCCUUGUGGCCGCCGUCAAGCAGGCCUACGCCGCCAAGCAGGCCACCGCGCCGGAGGUCAAGUACACUGUCUCUGAGACCGCGCUGAAAAAGGCCGUCACUGCAAUGUCAGAGGCCGAGAAGGAGGCCACGCCCGCCGCGGCUGCCACCGCCACCCCAACACCCGCGGCUGCCACCGCCACCGCAACCCCCGCCGCUGCCUACGCCACCGCUACCCCCGCCGCUGCCACCGCCACCCCCGCCGCUGCUGGUGGCUACAAAGUCUGAUCAACUCUAACGGUAUAUAUCCAUCAUGCACAUAUACUAACUCGUAUCUAUGUGCAUGGCAUGGCCGUGGGGUCGAGCGAUUUAGCUGAUAAUUCAUUCUUGGUUUUCGUUUCAUGCAUCCGCGCGCCAUCAAGCGCGUGCAUGGUCAAUUGUUUAUGUAAUAUUUGUUUUUCGAUGUAAAACUAGGCCUGCGUGCCACGCUACUCGACUAAUUAAUGAACCGUUUUCACCUUUA